CGGUUGCCGUAGUUCGUCCAGGAUGGCGGCUGCCGGUGACGUGCCGGUCCGGGUUUGCAAUCAAGAGAUUGUUAAAUUUGAUCUGGAGAUCAAAGCGGCGGUGCAGGAUAUCCGGGAUUGUUUGGGGCCUUUAAGUGUGCUUACAGAACUGAAUGCCAAAGUAAAGGAAAAAUUUCAGCAUUUACGGCUUAGAAUACAGGAACUUGAACAGAUGGCCAAGGAACAAGAUAAAGAAUCAGAAAAGCAAAUUUUGCUUCAAGAAGUAGAGAACCAUAAGAAGCAAAUGCUCAGCAAUCAGACAGCCUGGAGGAAGGCGAACUUAGCUUGUAAAAUUGCUAUUGACAAUGCUGAGAAAGAUGAACUGCUGCGAGGAGGAGAUCCUUUACGACAAAGAAAAACUACAAAGGAAAGCUUAGCAGAAGGGGCCAGUAAUAUCACAGAAAGCCUGAUGGGUAUUAGCAGGAUGAUGUCUCAGCAGGUCCAGCAAAACGAGGAGACCAUGCAAACCCUAGUUAAUUCUUCACGAACCAUUGUGGAUGCCAAUGAGGAAUUCAGAUCCAUGUCUGGGACAAUACAAUUGGGACGAAAACUCAUAACAAAGUAUAACCGCAGGGAACUGACAGAUAAACUGCUCAUCUUUCUUGCCCUUGCCUUGUUCUUAGCCACUGUGCUUUAUAUCCUAAAGAAGCGACUGUUUCCCUUUUUGUAAAAAUUCCAACAUGAACAGAGGAAGCAUGACUAUGAGGAAGACCGAAUGGAACAUUUAUUACAAGGACCUGGCACCGGUCUAACAGAGGAGGAGAGAGAGACAUCUGGAAGACAGAAUUUUAUACAGUAUAAACAGAAUAUUAAGGACUGCUAAGUCUGUGGAAAAACGAAGUUUGCUUGAAGCAAGUGAAAUGAGCUGCAAGUUGGAACAAUAAGAAAUUGGCAGAGAAAAAGAUGUGAACUGUUGCUUUGAGAGAAACAGAUGUCUAUCUUAAACUGGAUAGUCUGAGGCAUCUUCAGCUUGUCUCCCAUCUUUGGCCUGAAAGAUGUAGUGUACUUCCUUCCUCGGAGAUCAGUUCAAAGCAUGCCUGAGAGAAGGGGAAGAUACUAUAGGAAAUACAUCUAGAUACAUUCCUUUAAUAAAGUGAAUUUAAACACA